AUGGCGCCUGGGCCGGCCUGCCGUCGCGGGCCCCCAAGGUCGCCUCUUCCCCCUCAGGCUUCGCUAGUCCACAUCUCCCUCCGUCGGCAUAAUCGAGCCGGCGAUGGACACGGCGUGAUAGUUCUACUCCUAUUUCUUUCCGCAGCCGAGCGCAAGCUGUUCGACGAAUUGCCGGAGCCAGCUGAACAUCACCGGAGGUACUUGAAGUACCACGACCUACACGGAGGUGAACAAGAAUCAAGGAAAUCAAAUUACACUGAUUUGGUGAAUAAGUACUACGAUCUUGUCACUGGAUUCUACGAAUAUGGAUGGGGCGACUCAUUCCAUUUUGCUGGCAGAUAUCCGGGUGAGACUAUCCGUGAAGGCAUUAAGUGGCAUCAGCAUUUUAUGGCACUACAAUUGGGGCUCAAGAAGGGCAUGAAGGUCCUGGAUGUGGGAUGUGGAAUUGGGGGACCCUUAAUAGAAAUUGCCAGAUUCAGCUCAGCACUGAUAACUGGAUUGAACUACAACGACUACCAGAUCUCAAGGGGCAAGGAGCUCAUUUUUUCAGCAGGUUUGAGUGAGCAAUGUUCCUUCUUGAAGGGGGACUUCAUGAACAUGCCAAUAGCUGAUAACACCUUUGAUGCGGCCUAUGCAAUACAGGCUACAUGUCACGCACCAGAUGCACAUCUGGCCAUCAAGGCUGAGAUUGAGCUCGGCGAUGGGCUGCCUGAUAUCCGUACCACUCGCCAGUGUGUCCAAGCUAUGAAAGAUGCAGGAUUUGAGGUCAUUUGUGCAAAGGAUCUUGCUCAAGAUUUUCCUUGCCCGUGGUACCAGAUGAUAGAUCCCAACAAUUUUUCAUGGACUAGCUUCCAAUGCACACGCCUAGGACGGAUCAUCACCCGUGCAAUUGUCAAUACACUGGAGUUCCUCCGUAUCGCCCCAGCAGGCAGCAUGGGAACCUACAACCUCCUGAUCAGUGCCUCUGAUGGCCUUCUAAAGGGUGGCCGGGAAGGAAUCUUCACAGCGACCUUCUUCGUCCUGGGCCGCAAGCCUCUCAAGGAAACUGGAAUAGCGAACGACGGCAAUCUUUGA